GAACAAGAGACACAGUGACAAAUUUUUUUACGAAUAUACGUGUCAAUGAUAACAACUACUUUUCUAUCAGGAUUCUAUUAGAAAAAAAUAUAUUAAUUGUGUAUGUGGUGCAUAAUCAAACAGUGUGUUUUUAACUCUUUCUGAUGUACAUAGACUUAAAUCAACCAUUAUAAUGGCUUUGAAUAAAGCUUGUCAUAGAUAAUUGUAGCUAUUGAGAGACAAAAGAUAUAUAUAGAGAGAGGGAGAUAUACUAUACAAUUAUCACAUAUACAUUUCUUUAUACUCAACUCUUUUCUCUUCUCCUCUGCUUUUAAUUCGUCAAAUACAACGAUAGUAUUUGAGAGUCAUAAAUUGUGUCCUGUAUUUUUCUCUAUUUUUUCUCUUCUUCUUUAGUGAUCAAUAUGGCUGCUAACUACUGGGCUUCAGCACAGAGAAACCAUUGGAUGCUUGACCGUUGGAGUCUAGUAAAAAGCAGAGAAGAAGAUCUAAAAUACGUGUCUGAAAACGACUAUGUCAAAAUACGAAUCUGGUUUUGUCAUCUCAUUCAAAAACUAGCGAAAAGACUUCAGCUACGGCAACAAGUAGUGGCUACAGCAUUUGUAUAUUUCAAGCGAUUUUAUAUAAAUAACAGUCUUCGAGAGACAGACCCAGUUCUUGUCCUAGUUACCUGUGUUUAUUUAGCAACAAAAAUAGAAGAGUGUCCUAUACAUAUCAAAAUGGUCACUCAAGAAGCGAAGAACGUAUUUCAAUCUGAAUUUGGUGGAUUUCCUUAUGACAGUUCCAAAGUAGCAGAAUUCGAAUUUUAUUUAUUAGAAGAACUCGAAUUCUAUUUGAUUGUAUGGCACCCAUAUCGAUCCCUGACACAGAUAUGCAAUGAGUUAGGCAUGCGAGAGUCAGGGCUACAGUAUGCUUGGUUUAUUGUGAAUGAUUCAUAUAGAACAGACGUGUGUCUUUUAUACCCACCACAUCUGAUAGCACUGGCUGCUAUUUAUUUGACUGUUGUAUUGAAUCAUGCUGAUUUUGCACCAGGCUCUGCUGGUGAUCAACGCGAUAUGAAACAAUGGUUUGCAGACUUAAAUGUGGAUAUAAAGAGUAUAAUUGAAAUCAGUCAAGAGAUAUUAGCCAUCUAUGAAGUGUGGGCUGAUUGGAAAGAAGAAAAGAUGUUGCUUCUGUACAAGAAACUCAAGAGUAAAUCAAAUUAAUACAAUUCCUAAUAUACUUUUCUUUUUUGACUUUCAUGUAAAAUGCAGUUUUGUAUGUUACUUUGCAAGACUUGAGAUACUAAAGCUGUUUUCUUCUUAUUUGGUGGGCAAAAUAAUAAUAAUGAUAAUAAACCUUUUUAUUUGGGAAAGAGGCUGUGUAACGCAGAC